AUGCAGCGAGAGUCUUUGGCUGCUGGAGAGCAGGAACCUUUAGAAUAUACGGAGCUGGAGAUGUCAGAUAACGUGGAACAGGAUCCGAUGGAUGCGGGUGAACUUUCUAAACGCAACGAGCGUGAGGCUGAGACGCGGGUGGGCAAGAAGCUGUACGAGCAGAUUGGCAGACUGAGUUUGUUAGAAGGCUUAUCACUUGAUUGCAACUAUUUCGCUCGCGUCGAGUGGAACCUCACUCUUUCCAAGGGUUGGUUGAUGGAACUGGCAGGGCUAAAGAAGCUACACCACCUAAGCAUAGGCAUUCAGUACUGGUACAGGAUGGGUCAAGCAGAGGUUGAGUUCAUGGAUGCACAUUGGCCGAUGCUGCGUACAGUCGACCUCAUGGGGAGGUGGGUUAUACAAAGUUGGACUCUAGAAGGAGCUUGA